CGAACGAGGAGCUGCUGCUGAGAACGCUGUCUUCUAGCAGGACGUGAAUAUACCUGACUUUACAGAGCCAGGUCAGUUCACUGUCACACAGGAAGUGAAGACAGCAGCAGCACAAAGACAAACAGAGUCGACGUGACAACAACCAUGAUGAGAGUCCUGCUCAUCACCAGUCUGCUUCUGACAGGUGUGUGGUGCAGCAGAAAUACAGUGUUUGUGUACAGCCGAGUUGGAGGUGAUGCCCUCCUGCCUUGUUCCAACCUGGGUUCCUCAGACUGCUCCCUCAUCUCCUGGACCUCCUACAAGGGCGGUCAGGUCAGUUACACCCAUGAGGUCACAGGGGGCCAAGUGAGGGCGGACUCAGACGAGAGCGGCCGCAUGUCCAUCACAUCCGACUGCUCGCUGCGCUUCCGUGACCUCAGGGUCGAAGACGUCGGCUCCUACGUCUGCUUCCAGGGCGGAAACCCCAUCAGUAACGUUUACCUCUCUCUCCUCACCAUCACUGCACUUUCCGGAAUCACAGACCUGCAGCCUGGAGGAAACCUCGUCCUGAGCUGCAUCCUGUUCUCUUAUUAUGACACUGGGAGCUGUGCGCCGUACUCCAACGAGUUCAGCCUCAGCUGGAUGACUGAGGACGGGGCUGUGCUGCCCAGAGAGAGCAGGUACGAGCUGAUCAGCCGCACACGAUGCAACAUCACUCUGGUCACAAAACUCCAGUGGGAAGACAACCACAGGAAGUGGCGAUGUCAGGUAAACCCCACAGGAAACAGCAGGGCGGCGUUUCAGGAUUUCACGUCCACCUUCCUGUUCCAGAAUCCGUCCACAGACCAAGAUCUGACUCCCUCAUCGCUCACGGUUUGUUCAGAGCAGCUGCACAUCAGCCACAUCGUGCUCUGUGUGGCUCUGCCGCUCAUGGUGAUCACAGUGGGAUUCUUCACGUGGAGACGAGACCGUCACAGAACCAAAACAUCUGCAGCUGAAAUCCAGCUGCAGGAAAUAAGCUGAUUGCUGAUCACUGUACCACAUGGUUUAUUUGAUCAGGCAUCUCACACAGAAACUGGACUCAACAGACGAAAGAAAGAGACGGAGGGGAAAGAGUUCAUCUGAUUUACUUUACUGUUUUUUGUUGUUGUUCUUCUUCUGGAGUUUAUUGAAACUAGAAACAUGUCUUGUAAUUGUCAUGUGAUGCUGAGUGUGAAAUAAGAGCAACUGGUUGUGAUUGUUUUAGGAAACAACUGUAGAAUUAUUUGUGUGUUUGUACAAUAGAUGUAGAUCGCAGGAUAGAUGAGUCAUUUUAAUGGAAAUCAGUACAAACAAAUCUAAUUUAAAGGAGUGGUUCAUUUUUUCCUUUUGUAAUAAAUUGACUUUUUUUAUGUGUAUCAUGAUUUUGAACCCUGGGCAUUUCAAUAUAUUAUCUGUAUUCCUAGUUGACUGAUCUGCCAACAUUUAAUAACAUAUAACUGAAUCAAAUAUAUUACAAGAAUAGGUGUCAACAUAUUACACAAACUGUGUCAGACUGUUGUUAUAUUAACUGUAUUUAUAUAUUCACCUGGUUUUUGUGACCCUGUAGCUUCACAAUAUUUUCUAUUUGUACUAAAUAUAUUUUAUCUCCAA